CUCAUCAGGAGCACCGCGUUCCUUAACGCCUACGUUACCGUCGCGGAAGAAACUGCGUUGAAGCAGGCUGAAGAGUCAGAGAAAAGAUACAGGAGAGGUCAGCCGCUGGGUGUUCUAGAUGGAAUUCCUAUUGCAGUAAAAGACAACUUUAAUACAGCUGGCAUUGAGACAACAUGUGCAUCAAACAUGCUAAAAGGUUAUAUUUCUCCUUACAAUGCUACAGUAGUUCAGAAAUUAUUGGAUCAGGGAGCUGUCCUUUUAGGAAAAACAAACCUAGAUGAAUUUGCAAUGGGAUCUGGAAGUACGGAUGGAAUAUUUGGACCAGUCAGAAACCCCUGGAGUUAUUCAAGACAGUACAAAGAGAAAACUCUACCAAAAUCCCAUUCUGAGAAUGAAGAGUCUAACUGGGUGAUAACAGGAGGAAGUUCAGGAGGCAGUGCCGCUGCUGUAUCAUCUUUCACAUGUUUUGCAGCUUUAGGGUCAGACACAGGAGGAUCUACCAGAAACCCUGCUGCUCAUUGUGGAGUAGUAGGUUUAAAGCCAACGUAUGGGCUGAUUUCUCGCCAUGGUCUCAUUCCUUUAGUGAACUCCAUGGAUGUGCCAGGAAUCUUAACCAGAUGCGUGGAUGAUGCAGCAGUUGUGUUAGGUUCACUUGCUGGACAUGAUCCUAAAGACUCUACCACAAUUCAGGACACCUUUAAGCCGUUUGAACUACCCAAUUGGAUAGAUGUCAGCAAGCUCUGUAUAGGAAUUCCUAAGGAAUACCAUGCACCAGGGCUUUCUAGUGAAAUUCUGGCACUGUGGUCAAAGGCUGCUGACCUCUUUAAGGAUGCAGGUGCUAAAGUAAUUGAAGUGAGCUUACCGCACACUCGUUACUCAAUUGUCUGCUAUCAUGUGCUGUGCACAGCAGAAGUAGCAUCAAAUAUGGCCAGGUUUGAUGGACUGGAAUAUGGUUACCGUGCUGACAUGAACAAGUCCACAGAAAGUAUGUAUGCUGCAACACGACGAGAAGGUUUUAAUGAUGUUGUAAGAGGAAGAAUUCUAUCGGGAAACUACUUUUUGUUGAAGCAAAACUAUGAGAAUUACUUUAUCAAGGCACAGAAAGUCAGGCGUCUCAUUGCUAAUGACUUUGUGAAUGUUUUUGGAAGUGGUGUUGAUAUUUUGCUCACUCCUACCACUCUGACUGAUGCAGUACCAUAUAUGGAAUUCAUCAAAGAAGACAACAGAACCCGCAGUGCACAAGAUGAUAUUCUAACACAGGCUGUAAACAUGGCUGGACUGCCAGCCAUAAGUAUUCCUACAGCUCUUUCAAAGAGAGGUUUGCCAGUUGGGCUUCAGUUCAUUGGACAUUCAUUCCAGGAGAAGCAGCUUCUCACUGUAGCCAAAUGGUUUGAAAAACAAGUAAAAUUCCCAAUGAUCCAAUUGGAAGAAGUGAAGAGGCAUGAGUGCAGUAUCUUUCAGCAUCAGAAAUCUGUUACUUCUUUGUAACGUGAAUCUCGCUAGUCAGCUAAAGCAAGAAAGCUGGGGGGGAUGCUCUGAAAAUGUACUUUGGCAGUUAAUUCUGUUCUGCAGAAAUUAUAAUCUAUCUUAAGAAGACCACAUGCAGUAAUGCAGUAUGGAAUCAUAACAGCUUGUUACCGUGUAAUUAAGCUGAAGUGAAUCAUUAAAUAAACAUGUUUGUGUUAUUAAGAAUCA